AAAAACCUACCUAAAAAUGUACUUCUUGGCCGGCCUUGAAAUAAAAAAUAAAAGGAAUCGCAAACCCUUCUUCUCUCCACGACUCCCUCUUCUCUGCGCUCAUCAUCUUCUUCUCUCCACGAAUCUGGUUCAUCUUCUUCUCUCAGCUGGCAAAACUCCAUCGAUCUUCUGCGAAAACUGUAGGGAGGCUGCACUCUUGGCAGCUAGGAAGGCUGCAUCUCUACUGCCACUCACCUGGUCGGUGUUUAUCAGCCAGACGAGUUGAACGAACGACCUGUACAGUUUCUUGUUCGGAUGACAUUGAUGACUGCAUAUCUACCCUAGUCAAGGAGAAACAAGCUAAGGUCUUCUUGGCUAUCCGGAAAGAAUCCAAGCUCAUCUACUCCUUAUUAUCAUUUCAAACUUUUUGUUUGUUUCCAGAUCGAAGUAAAAGAUGCCAAAUGCUAUUGAGGCUGCUUGAAAAUUCUAAAGAAACUUGGAUAACUUGACAUAUGUUGGGGUGUUCAUAUUGAAAGUUAGAGAAUGUGGAUAUGCAAGUCACCAGUGAAAGUUGGAUUUCAUGCAUUGGAAUGUUCAAGUCACUGUCUGUCUUCUACCCUCACCGAAGAAAAAGGAUUGAUGCUUGUGAGAUGGUGGUGACAAUCUGACUUGACGGUCCAACAGGAUAAUACUAUUCCUAGUCCAAAUGAGCAGCCUUUCUUGGUACUAUACUAUUUCUCUUUUAUCUUUGUAAUUAUCUAUGGGCCACACACUGUAAUUUGUGCUCUUGGUGUUUGUAUCAGAACAUAAACAAGUCUCUAAGUAUUUCACUUUUUUAUUUUUUAUAAAAUUAUAUUCAACGUCGUUUUUGUUAAAUAACCGACGUAACAUGUAUUUAUUUUAUUUUUAAAAAAAUAUAUGUAACGUCGGUUUUUUAUAAAACCGAUGUGGAAGGUAACUUUUUACGUUGGUUUUAUAACCGCCGUUAUAGGGUCUAACCUAUAAUGUCUCUCACUUACACGUCGGUUCCAGAACCGACGUUAUAUGUUCCUUCUAUAGUAGUCUUUGGAAUGCAUCAAGAAACAUUUCGCCAUUUAUGCUUUGAUCUAGAAAAUAAGUAUGGCUUAAGACCUUCAUAUAGGAUAUCAGUUUUGGAGAAGGUCGGAUUAUUUGUAUUUGUACUAAGCAAAGGAGCUUCCAAUAGAGAUACUCAAGAGUGUUUUCAACAUUCUGGUGAAACGGUGAGUAGAAUUUUUAAGGAAGUCUUGAGCGCGAUUGAUGGAUUUUCAAGAGAUUUAAUUGUACCAAAAGAUCUAGAAUUCAAGAAUGUUCCAAUACAAAUUGGUAAUGAUGAGAGGUACAUGCCUCAUUUCAAGAAUUGUAUUGGAGCUAUUGAUGGUACACAUAUUGCAAUAACGGUUCCUGAAGAGGAUCAAUUGCGCUAUAGGGGAGGGAAAGGGAUACCGACUACAAAUGUAUUAGCAAUAUGUGGCUUUGAUUUAUUAUUCACAUAUGUUUUGACAGGUUGGGAGGGGCCAGCUCAUGAUUCACGCAUUUUCUUAGACACAACCAACAAUCCAGCUCUAAAAUUUCCGAAGCCACCAAGAGGAAAGUAUUAUUUGGUGGAUAAGGGUUAUCCUGAAAGAGAUGGAUAUUUAACUCCCUACCCCAAGACGAGGUACCAUCAGUCAGAGUUCCGUGGUGCAAAUUCGAAAGGAGUUCAAGGGAUUUUUAAUAGAGCACAUUCCUCUUUAAGGAGUUGUAUCGAGAGAGCUUUUGGUGUUCUUAAAGCUAGAUGGAAGAUAUUGCAAAAAAUGCCAAGAUAUUCACUAAUGGAUCAAAAUAAGAUAAUUUGUUCAUGUUUUGCAUUGCACAACUACAUCAUGAGAAGCACAGUAGUUGAUCCAUGCUUUAAAUUUAUUGAUGAGGAUCCUGAAUUCAUACCUCUGGAUGUAUUUGAAGAUGUUGAAGGGGGUGCUGCACAAACUGAUGCAAACAUUCGAAGUCAAGAAAUGAGAGUUAUCCGUAAUAAUAUAACUUCUAGCUUGAUGGAAGCUAGACACAUUCAUAAAUAAUUUUGACCAUCUUUAGUUUAUUUUAAGUUAAACUAAGUAUGUCAAAUGUUUGAGACGUGGUUUUACUUUUUAUUAGUAUUAAUGAAUUGUUUGAGACACGUGAUUAUUCUUUUUUAUAAUUGACGAUAUUGAUGUUUUUUUGCAAUAUAAAGUCAUCUUAUUUCUUUCUAAA